AUGUUUUCAGCUAAGAAACGUCGAACUAUCACACCGAUCAAUGAACGAGACCCUAGUACACUUUUUCGUGAACUUUUUGUUAAAAAUUCUAAUGCAAAACAUAUGCUUGUUUCGGAAUAUGAUGUUCUUGAUAAACAAAAACCAGUAUCAUUUUGGAUGCUAGAUCUUAAUAUUCCACAAUGGCUUUUAUUAGUCUUAGUUUCAUUGACUAUAAUUGUAUUUACAGCAUUUAUUUUAUUUACAGCAAUUGUUACAUUAAAAAAAGAAACAAAUGGAGGUCCAUGUAAAUCAAAUACCGAUUGUCGUCAUGAUCUUGGUUUAAUUUGUAAUAAUUAUCGGUGUGGUUGUGCUUAUUCACAUUUCUGGAGUAAUUCAUAUAGUAUCUGUGAAAGAAGACGAAUGGUCAAUCGAACAUGUUUUAAUGAUUCUAUGUGUGAUGCAUUUGCAAGUUUAGAAUGUCAAAAUGUUUCACUCGCUAGCGGAGCUAUUCAAUCAGAAUGUCAAUGUAAAGCUUCUAUGUCUUGGAAUGGAUAUACUUGUGUCUAUCAAGGUUUAUAUAAUACAUCAUGUAUUCUAGAUACUAAUUGUGAUACAAGUCGAUAUUUAUUUUGUAAUUUAACAAUACAGCUUUGUCGUUGUAAUUCGUCUAUGUUUUGGAAUGGAGAUUCAAAAUCGGGCACAUGUGAAUAUAAACGAACUAUUAAUCGAUUUUGUUAUCCAUAUGAUGAUAGUUGGUGUGAUAAUACAGGUCCUUUAGGACAAGGUCUUGUCUGUACUCAAUAUUCAAAUCCUUAUGGAAGUGAAUAUGGUAAGUUCGAUAAAAGUGAAAUAUUAAACUGUUUUUCUUGUCAAAAUACGAUCUAA